CCGGGCCGGAAACGGCGUCAGCGGCGCGCCGUGGGCCGGGCCCCGCCGAGCGGGGCACAGCGGCGGGCCCGGCAUGGACCCCGCGGCCGAGCACCGGCAGCAGCUCCGCAGCCUGCGGGACUUCCUGCUGGUUUACAACCGCAUGACCGAGCUCUGCUUCCGCCACUGCGUCUGCACCCUCGACUACCGGCUGCUCACGGGCCGCGAGGAGUCGUGCCUGGACAGCUGCGCCGCGAGGCUGGUCCGCGCCAACCACCGCCUGAUGAGCUCCUACGUGGGGCUGGUGCCCGCGCUCCUGCAGCGCCGCGCGGCCGAGCACGGCGCCGUGGGGACCCCGGCCGCGGGCCCCGCCGCGCCCUCGCCCGCCGCUCCCGGUGCCGGCACGUAGCACGGCCCGGCCGCGCCUUCCCACGGCGGCGGGGGGCAGGACCGGCCCCUCCGGCCCCGGCAGGAGCAGCAGCGCUGGGGCCCCACCGGAGCUCUGGGUGGGAGCAGCGCCUCCGCUCGGCCCCGACAGUCCCCGGGCCGGCGGGGCAGGGGGCACAGGACCAGGGGAGCCCCCACGUGUCUGGAUGUUUAGGAAGUGGAUCUCUGGUGCCAAUAAAACGUCUCUUCAGUGACGGCUCCAUGCCAUGCUCCGGGAGGGCACUGGAACCCCAACUCUGUCUGGCAGGGGGAACCCCACGGCAUAACUGGGAAUCCUGGGAAUUCUGCCUAAAUAUGAGACAGACGUCUCCCUGUGGGGGCUGGGGUGCCAUGGAGGUUGCAGAGGGGCAGCACCAGGGUGUCCAGGAGGCCCUGUCAGGGCAGAGGAGUAGCACUGGGGGGAAAGGGGUCACGGCUGCUUCACCUGGGCAAAGAGACACCCCCGAUCCUCCAGCUCCAUCCAGCCCUGGGGGUUCCAUGGGGUCUCUGUGUGGGCCUGGGGCAGCACAGAGGCUGCCGAUGGACACACUGGGGAGGUUCUUGGUCUUGCAGCUCUCACCGGUGCUGGGGAGCUCCCCGAGUAAGGAGUAGAACAAGCCUGGCACAGGGUAUCCCAGGGCCAGCGCUGCCCUCAGAGCUGGGGUCACUGCAGGGGGGGCUGCAGGACCCCCUGUGGGCACCAGGACAGCGGUGUUAUAAAUGGCUGGUGCAGAGCAGGCACCCAGUGCUGUGGGGUGUCAGGUGCUGCUGGGCCAUCACCCCCAGCCAGGGGCCUGUGUGUACAGGGAGAGCCGGUUCCCAUGGACUGUGACACCGGAGAGCCUGUCCCCUGCUGUGCUGCCCACAGGCAGAGGGGAUGCACCGCAGCCCCUGGCCAGGGCUCAGGGC